AUGAGCUCGAGACAAAAACAAACGCGCGCAAAGCGCCGCGCCCAUGUCCAGCAAUACAGCACGGGCUCAGCGGACCCUGCUUUGCCUCCAAACCCCGCUCCGCUGGCGCCGCUAGCGGCCGUGCAGCCACAACCCCAGAGUGCCGUGGCAGCACAAAGCACUGCACCGGAUCCUGCUGCGGAUCACGCUGCUGCAAACCAGACAGCACUGGCUGAACAGCCGCCGCUGCUGUGGGAUCCUGCUUGGGACGACAAGUGGGAAGAAGACAAUUGGGCCCAGAGCGGAGGCUCAACAGCUCUGAAGGCUCCUGUUGUGCAUGGGCAAAGCCACACCACUCAAUUCGGCAGAGCGAACCCAUACGAACAGAAGGAACCGGAAAAUAUUGGCUUUCAUGAGCACCAGACGAAUAUUUCCGAGGCAGGAACACGAAACCAGAACCCGACACCUCAGCAUGGCGCUGAACAGACUCAAGAACAGGAUUGGAACGACUGGAACGACGACUGGAACGAUGACGGAACCCCGAUUGACAACCCAUAUGAGCAAGAAGUUUCCGAAAUAAAGGUUUCUGAUGCGCCCAAGCCGACCCUCCAAGCAUCUCCUUUUGCUCCAGAACAUUCGCCUGUUCCUCUAAUGGCACCAAGGGCUCAGGCGCCAGGAAAUCACUGGAACACGGAUACGGCUGAAAAUUGGCUGAAUAAUGUCAACAAGACUUCUCAUGCAGUUUCCGGGGAGAAAGACCCCGCUGGCGAUUUAUGGGAGGAUGACAACUGGCAACAGCAGCCAAGUCAUGAUGACAACCAGGUUCAACCGGAACAACAAACUGACCACGAUGAACAUCAGGAACAGUGGGAACAAUCCCCUGUUGUCAGCCAUGAGCAGUGGGAGCAAAAAGAGUCUCAAACACAUGGCCCUGAUCAAUGGGAACAACACCCCCAACACCUCCACGGCGAGGAUCUCAAUCAAUGGGGGCAGACUUCUCAUAGCGAACAUCAUGACCACUGGGAAGAAGAAUCACACAGUAAGAACCGCGACGAAGAGAACUGGGACUACGGUCACGAAGAGGCUGUUGAAGAUCAAGACCAAUUUUGGAAUGAUCAGGAACAACCUACCGAGGAGCAACAUAUAGAAAGCCAACAUCAAUGGCCAGAGGAUGAUGUGGAACAGCAUCCUUAUCAAUCUUGGGAACAUGAAAAGCCGGAGGAUCCACAUCAAUCUUGGGAACACGAAAAGCCGGAGAAUCCACAACAAUCUUGGGAGCAAGAUGAAUCUGACCAGCAUCACGAGCAUCACGAGAAUUAUGAGCAUGAGGAUUUUGUUUCUCACGAGCAGAUUCCACAGCAUACCAAUCCACACGAGCCACAAGCGAGUGAAAAAGAGGAGUAUAUUGAAGAACAAAAGUUGCAUGUACAAACGUGGGAAAACGAACGCCAGUCGGAGUAUUCUCUCGAUGAGACAAAUGAAGACCAGUUCCCUCCUCAAUCUCCAGGCCAAUGGGAAUCGCUUCAGAAUGCGUCUCAAGAAAAUAUGAACACGUUUUUGCACUCACAGAACAGGGAACAUGCAUCACAAUAUCCGGAAAAUGAAGAGUUGGAAGAAUCUGACCAUACCGCUGAAGUUGUGCAACCAGAAACAGACCUUGAUGAAUCUGCAACAGAUAAUUUCGCUCAAGAAAACCAGGAAACAACAGAUGACUUCUUCAAUCAGAUUGGCGGUGAACAAGAACAAGCACAAAGUAAGCAGUUUCUGUUACAUGAGCCCAAACCAGAUGCAAUGUGGCAGGAUCAGGUGUCUCAUAAAGAAUGGAAUCCAUCAAACGAUGACCUGGUGGUAUACACACGUAAUGAAAGCUUACACGUGAAGGCAGACGACCUUUUCCCGGAGGAAGACGAGUUUUUACCACAAUCUUCUUCAAAAAACGAAGAACCCUAUGCGCAUGAAGAGUCUCAAGUGGACGCACCUGCGACUGAAGCGACAUUUGCAGGGGAAAAUGGAGACCAGUACCAGGAAGAACCAAUUCAGGAACAACAACCGGGCCCAUUGCAACCCCAAAGUGAGAUUCAAGAGCAAAACGAAACGGGCGUCCAACCCCAGGAAACCGAACACAGCAAGCUCAAGGCACUUGAAAUGUUGGAUUUGGAUGACGAUUUAUUGUUGGAUGACGACUUUUUGGAAGAGGAUGAUGUUAACCUCGAAGGAAACGACGGAGCGGUGUCAGAGGAAAACAGCAAUGCACAGGUCCUGGAAUCCUUGCAAGCGCCAAUUCAAACGUCGACACCCGCACAUACUUCGCUCCGUCCUACAGAAAAGAAACUGUCUUUUGCGUCAAAGUAUUCUAAGCCAGCUGAACAAAGCGGCCCCAAGCCUCAAUAUACCCCUCAAACUCUGGUUUCUGCCCCUGUUCCACCGCAAAAAGUGAUCUCAGCAGCAACUAUCGCAGAAGACGAGAUGAAACGGAAGCUCGAAGCCAGUAAGAAGAAAAAUGACGCCUACGACUUGCCUCUGAACUUGAUGCCACAGAAACCAAAACCCGCGUCUCGGGCGGCCUCCAGCCAAACAGCAACAAGACCAACACGGCCCACAGUCGCCGCUGGCCCUGGUGUUGGCGCCCUGGCUCGCUCGUCCACCUCGACCAGUGAGGUUUCGACCGCCAGCACUAGCAAAAAGGCAUUCUUCGAAGACUUGCCUGUUCCAGCACCACCAAAGGCCCUGCGUCCGCCGCGGGCAGCAGCGGCAGCAACGUCAGCUCCACCUGUGGCUCAGCAGCCAUCCUUGCCAAGUGCCCCGCCAACAGCGUCGAUCAAAUCGCCAAAGAAUCCUUAUGCGAAGUUAGCGCCAAAAAACAGCAUCCCGCCGUCAGCCAGCGCUCCUGUUCCAGGUAAUGUCGCGACUGGAAGCAAGUACGAGCCACCUCUGGCCCAGGGAGCGCCGCCAAUUCCGCAUGGUGCAUCAAUGGGCGUUGUCCCGCCUCCGGGAAUUGUGCCUCCAGGUAUCAGCCUGGGAACACAACAAGGUAUCCCGCAGGGAGUUGUUCCUCCAGCUUCUCAGCCGGUUUCCUCGCUUCCGCAUUCCUCUCAAGCCCAUGCGAUCAAUCCUUACCAGCCACAACAUCCGCCUGUGGGUGUUGUUCCUCCUAAACAGGGAAUGGUGCCUCCACAGACUAUGCCUCAGCCUCCACAGAACGCUGGCCAACAGAGUAUUGUACCUCCACAGAACAUGAUGCCUCCACAGAACAUAAUGUCUCCCCAGAAGAUGGUUCCUCAGAAUAUAGGUCCACAGAAUAUGGCCGGACCACCUGCAGCCCAUGUUCCACCUAUGGGCCAGGUGCCUCCGCAGCAUAUUGGUGCGCAACCCAUGGGAAUGGCUCCUGGAGCUGUUCCGCCUCGCUCAAAAUUCUCUCCGCAAGGACCUCAGGCAACCAAGCCUAACGAUAAGGAAAAAGUGGCUUCUCCACGUAUCAACGUUAACGUGCCACGCACAUCCGAGAAGGGAAGCGUCACUAGCCCUUAUAUCCCCAAUGCUGGGCCAUAUGCGCCUUCCAACCGCGGCCACUCGCGGACUAGCUCUAUCAUUGGUGGCCGUGCAAAGGAAGGAAACCCAUAUGCGCCAGUCGCACCAUCGGGUCCUAAUUCCUCCUUAACACCCACGGCAGCUCAAAACUACCCUCAGAAGGGUCCUUUGACCAGAAAUAGAGGGAGAUCAGUGGGCAAACACGGCCACGGAAAGGCGCAUGUUGAAAAAAUCGAGAACCCAAUGGCUUUGCUCGAGAGACAGUUUCCGAUUUUCCACUGGAGCGCCUCUUCCAACAUUGCCUACUUGAUUCCUCACGCUCCCACUGGGUUUGGACCUGCUACUCGUGCUGUUACAGUGACAAAAUGUUCCAGUGUCGUGCACAAGUUGGACAUGUAUAAUGAAUUCCCUGGUCCGUUGACAAAGUCGAAAUCCAAGAAGAAGGACAUUGAGACCUGGUUGGAGAAGAACAUCAAAUCAUUGGAGGCAAAACAAGCCACAGACGAGCUUCUUCUUGCGAAAGUUUUGCUUGCUCUUUUGCGUCAUGAUUCUGCCCCAAAUAAUAGUAUGUUGAACCAAAACGUCGCAUCUGUUUUGAACCCUCAGUUGGACUAUUCUACCGAGGAGAAACCACAGGUGUCGUUUAUGAUGCAAAGCUCUGUGACUUCCAAUGCUUCAAAGUUGGAUAAUGCCGCAAUCAGCACUAUAGCCAGCAUGCUUCAAGUCGGUGAUCGUGAAAACGCUAUGAACUUUUCUAUUUCCAGGCAAGACUGGGCUCUCAGUCUCGUUAUCGCUCAUUCAAUAAGUCCUGAAAAGUUUGCUCAAGUUGCUUCCCACUACUCCAAAGCGAUGUUCCCAUUGCACAAGAACACACACAACAAGACAUAUCAUUUGAUGUCCAUUAUGUUGAGAUGCUUUGCGGGAAAUACCAAGAGCCUUGUAGAGUCUUUCUCGGUGGAUCCAAACGAAACUGAGUUUGCCAAGCAGAGCUACAGAGAAAUCAUUGCAGCGGCCUUGGUCAAUGGCGUUACUGGUGAAUUUUUCAUUGAGUAUGGUGGCUUUUUGGCAAGCGCCGGUAUCACAUGUGGCAGCGAAAUCUGCUAUAUGUUAGCAGGUGUAAUCAUGUCGAGAGUUCCUUUGCAAAACGGCAAUGUGUUCCUUUCCGCGGGUUCUUUUACUCAAAGCUUGGUGUACACUGAAAUUUACGAGUACAUUCUUCAGAUGUCUCCAAUGACGUCCAAUGUGAUCCCCCCCACUGGAAUUCCUCAUUUGAUUGAAUUUAAGAUUCACCGUGCACAGGUAUUAGCAGACUUGGGCCACUUUACCACUUCUAAGAAAUACUGCGAUGCCAUCAACAGCACCUUGAAAGUGCUUGGAAAGUCGCCUCUUGUCAGCGCUCAAGCGCUUGCUGAGUUUCAGACUUUGGUGAUGCGCUUAUCUGAAACAUCCUCGAGCGAGUCCGGAUGGUUGGGCAGUAAAUUGAGCAAAGUCAACUUGGACAAAGUCUGGGGUCAGUUGGACAAGUUUAUUGGCGGUGAAGAAGGAGCCGUUAAACCGGCAGAGAAGGGCGUAUUUAGCAAAUUCAGUCCUUCACUUUCCAGAAACACUUCUGCUUUGGACAUUACCCAGAUUCCUAUUCCUCACCUGCAACAGAGACAGGAGGGAAGCUUUCUUGCUGGUACACCUUCAGACAUUGGAAGCCCUUCGAAAGCACGUACUCAAACUCAUCUGAGGUAUGCUCCAACUCGCCCAAAUGCAAUGCAUUCUACUAGCGCGUCAUCAGCGGCCAUAACCAACUUCACCCCUCCAGCUAGCCAAAACGGAAAUCAGAGACACAUCCUUAACCAAUCUACGCCUAUCGCUUUACCUCACCAUGACAUGAAUAGAGGCGAAGAGCUCAGACAACAAGCGUUGAAGCACGGUGCUGUAUCCCAAAGGCAAGCACACCCAAGCCACAGCCAUGGAAAUAGUGCUUACCCUAACAACCCUUACGGAAACCAGAGCGGUCAUAUGCUGUCUCUGUCUAUCGCUUCAGGCCACGGUGUUUCUUCUCGUUAUGCGCCUUCGCAUGAAAAGAGAAACUCUGUGGGCAGUGUCUCGUCUGUCGAGCAUUCGGAGGAGGCCCACAGACACGAGCGUUUCUAUGGCAGAGCAUCAACACAUAGCCACUCGCGCGAGUCCUUUAGGAAUGAAGGCAGCGAGUAUCCCGAGAAUGCCACAAGAAGAUUGUCUGCGGACGCCGUUCCCAACACGAUAAAUGAGUCCGGCGAAUUCCAUACACAGGAAGAGGAGAAGGAAAGUGAAGCAGGAUUGGAAGAUGUCGAGGAGCAGGGAAAGGCUGACGCGGCUGCUGAAGAGCUAGCUGCAGAGCCUGAACACCGUCCUCAUGAGCAACCAGACGAGGAAGUUCCUACACAGACAGAAGAGCCAAUGCCGCCACAAAAGGAGGAGCUCGAAGAAGAAUCUUCGAAUAAGCCCGAAAAUGUGCCUCAAUCGGUAGAACAAGAGCAACAGCAGAUUCCAAAGGAAGCCGAAGAACCAAAGAAACAUAAAGAAAGCCACCAGAUCGCUCCACCACCAAAGAAGGGCCCCGCACCUAAAAGAAACAACCCCUAUGCUCCUGGAGGAUCCAGAACAGUGAGUAGAGGAAGCAACAAAUACGGGCCACCCGGUGGUGGUUCCAAAUAUGGGCCUUCUGGCGGCAGCUCAAAGUACGGACCUCCAGAAACGGCUAUUCUUAGCCAGGAGAGCAGAAACACCGAAUACGAGUCUGCUUAUCCGGUGAGUACUAAUCCUGUCUUGGAAGUCAGUGAACCACAAAAGUCUGAAGCCGACGAGUCUGCUCUCGCAGCGCUGACAAACUCACGCACGCCAGCGUCUCCUCGCACGCCAGCAGCUACUCCAGUAGGAUACUCAUCAAAGGAUGUUUCGGAAAAGGCCGAGGAUGAAGAGAACAAAAUGCCAUCCAUGCGCCCUCAAGGAUCAAGGAAGGUUGAGGAGAGGAAGGAGCAAAAUAAGAACUAUGCUCCUCCACCACCAGCAAAUGUUGAUGUGAGCUUUGAAGAAGGACCAGGUCCAGUCUACGAACCGCCUGUCGCGGGCUACGAGAGUCCGAUUUCGAAAAAGCCAUUGAUUUUGAACACAGCCCAGUCUCCUGCUAUGAAGGAGUUUGCCAAUCCAUUCCAGCACAAUAAGACGGCGCUGAUCCAGAUGGAAGGUGGCCUUGAGGACUUUUCUAUUCCCGGGUCUCCUGAAUACACCACGAGAGCCAACUCUGUGAUUGGCAACAAUGGAUUGUAUUCCAGCAGGUUGUCGCAGUCGCAACAAACCGAAUUGUACCAUCAGUACGAGGUGAAAGAUGACACAGUGCUCGACUACAUUCCUGUGGAGGAAGAUGAAGAGGAUGAAGAAGAAGCUCGCAUACGGAAAGAAGCGCAGGCCAAGAAAGAGAAAGAGGCCGAGCAGCGGCGCAAGAGCGAACCUGUUUCUAGAAAUUCGCAUGAAGGGUCCGAGCGUACUGGAAGCCCAGGAGAUGGAAGCGGGUGGUUCAAGGGCUGGUUGCCUAACAAAAAGGGCGACGAUAAGCCCAAGCCCAUCAAGGCCAAAUUAGGCCAAGCCAACACUUUCAAGUACGACGAAAAGCUUAAGCGGUGGAUCGACACCAGCCGUCCGUUGGAAGAGCAGCUCAAGGCUCGCGGCGCCACUCUCCACCGCCUAAAAAAGAAAAAUCAUAGCUCUGGAGGGUCCCUCGGGCAGAUUCCCUUCCCGCAAGCGCAGCGCCGAAGAAGAAUGGAAGAAAAGAGCGAGCUUCCUGGCAGACCGCCCAGAAUUCCUGGGAUCCUGAGACCGGCCCGGGAUCGCCAGGCGGCCGCCGCUUGCGUUCUCCACCAACAAACUUGGCCAACGCCGGUUUGGACGAUCUCCUUUCGCUAG